GACGCUGGUGAGCUCUCAUGAAUGGAAGAUCGCCACCGCCAACAGAGGCGACGAACGGAAGAGGUUCGUCUUCCGGAAACAAAGUCCCUAGCGAACCGACGACCGGCCGGGAGAGGCAACGGACUAUCACCGCCGACCGAAGCCAUGGAAACUAGUGACGUAGCUUCGGGUGAACGAUUCUCUCCCGAGGUUCCGGGCUCUAUGCGGUUUUCUACAGAUCAAGCAGAGCUUGCUUUGGACAGCCUUGAAGUUCGAGUUGACUGUGUGAUUGUUGAGGAAGGGCACCUUAUUGCGGCAAGAAGAAACAGGACUAAUGAGACGCAGAAAGCAAGAAGACGUGCAAAAAUGGAAGCUCACUGAUCUUCUUCUUGAACG